AAAUGUGUGUCAGUAGGGCAGCGAUCUCUCCGGCACAUGCAGAGCGCACAUGCACUAGGCGGCUUUUCACCGUGCGCUCGAAUAAGCACGUCUGAUACCUCGAUUCAAAUGAAAGUGCACGGUGUUACUCUAACGCAGGGAGGGGAAACGGAGUUAGAUGUGCACACGAGUCCAAAAGGAACCACAAGCAUUCUGGAUAGGGUCCCUACUAGUGGCACUACUCAAGUCACCUGAGCAGGACGGAUGUGGGUGUGACGGGUGUGUUGUGUUAUCGCAAGGGUGGGGUGCUCAAGUUUUGACAGUCAGUCCCUGUACACAGUGCAGGCAAGAUUUACUCUUUACUCGCGCGUGCCAGACCUGAGACAUUAUUGCACCGGCAAAGAUAUAGACAGCGAGAAGGAAUUGCACAAAGCUCUGCGCACCUUAACAGAGCUCUAGCUUUAUUUUGCACAAAUAUCUCCUGUUUUGUAUGCAGUACUCGUUUUUUUGUUGCUUCAGUGCAUUGGUAUUUAUGACUUUUUCAACGGUUUCGACCAUCGCAUAUAUUCAGCUUCUCUUUUACCUGUUACGACAUUGUGCACUUAUUGAGGAUCUGAGGCUGAACUAAAAGAAAGUAAUCGACAAAAAAGCUCGAACAAGACAUAUCAAGAAUGGAUAGCAACCCUGGAGGCGUUAUACUAUAUGCUGGGUCUAGUGGCAGUGCCAGUCCAAUCCCCGGAAGCCCAUCCAGUGGGUACCAGACCCAGUCACCCUCCACACACUCACAGCCUUCAUCACCAGAGGAGGUUACCUUCACAGAGAUUGGCGCUCUGAAGCAACAUGGCAACAAUGGGACUCCGUCCUCUCCAAAACUGGUCUUUCAGUUCCCAGAUAUCUACAGCAGCUCGACAGCAUCCUCCAACCAGAAUACUUACUCUCACCCCAUCGCAGGAAAGAGGCCAUGUGGCUUUACUGGCACGUUCACCAAAGCAGGAGGUAUGGUCCUACUCUGUAAAGUGUGCGGUGACAUCGCAUCAGGCUUCCAUUAUGGAGUUCAUGCAUGUGAAGGCUGCAAGGGUUUCUUUCGCCGUAGCAUUCAGCAGAACAUUAACUACAAGAUGUGUAUGAAGAAUGAGAAUUGCCUGAUCAUGCGCAUGAACCGAAACCGUUGCCAGCACUGCCGUUUCAAGAAAUGUCUGGCUGUGGGCAUGUCCCGUGAUGCUGUGCGCUUUGGUCGCAUCCCAAAGCGUGAGAAGCAGAGGCUCCUUGAUGAAAUGCAAAGUUACAUGAACACCCUGAAUGAGUCGGCUAGUAUGAACAUGGCUUCCUCCCCUUCUUGUGAUCCCCCGGCCAGCCCUAUGGAGAUCCAGCCCAAAGAAACUAUAGGCUCCAUGGCAAAAGCCUAUCAGAACACCUUCUCAAGUGCUCCUGACCGACUGACCAAGAGGCCAGCAUGCAUCAACAAUGGCAGCAGUGUGCCAACUUCCUUUCAGAGUACCGCCCCUCAGGAAAGCAGCUUCUCCCAUCUCAAUACUCCCGCAACCUAUCACUCUGGAGGACCAGUGGGUUACACAGCAGCUGGUCCCUGCCCUGGACAACAAAUGCCCACUGUCAACAAAUGCCCAAUAUCUUCAGUGGACAACAAUCACUAUCAAAACAAUGCUCCAUCUAAUCAAAUCCCAUGCCAGUCUACAGUUAACCCAUCUCUGCAGGGCAGUUACAGCUGUAGUUAUGCAGCUGGUGAGAUACAGGCUCAAACAUCAUGCCCGUGGAAGUUGGUUGCAGGCUCCAAAGUGCUGGCCUGCCCUCUGAAUGCAUGCCCAGUUUCAGCACCAGGCGUCUCGAGCCAGCAUGUGUGGGAGUCUUUCUCUCAGUGUUUCACCCCUGCAGUGCGGGAGGUGGUGGAGUUUGCCAAGGGCAUCCCAGGGUUUCAAGACCUGUGCCAACAUGACCAGAUCAUGCUGCUCAAAGCAGGCACCUUUCAGGUGCUGAUGGUAAGGUUCUGCUCGCUGUUUAACCCAAAGGACCGGACAGUGACAUUUCUAAAUGGGCAGGCCUACCCACUGGCCACACUGCGGGCACUGGGUAUGGGCUCGCUGCUGGAUGCCAUGUUUGACUUCUCUGAGAAAAUAGCCUCUCUCAGCCUGGAAUCUGAUGAGAUGGCACUUUUCAUGGCCGUGGUCCUAGUCUCUGCAGAUCGAACUGGUGUUUCUGACACAACAGCUGUGGAGCAGUUGCAGGAAAGUUUGAUUCGGGCACUGCGAGCCUUGGUUUACCGUCGUCAUCCUGAUGACAGUGCACUUUUCCCCAAGCUGUUGCUGCGUCUGCCAGACCUGCGCACCCUCAACACCUUGCACUCAGACAAGCUGCUCAACUUCCACAUCGACCCAUGAGCGACCAGCAAAUUACGACCUGCCAUGACAGGAAUGACUUUUCAUUUUUAGCAGAAGAGAAUAAGAGUGGAUCAUUCUAGGAACAUUUAACCAUAUCUGUUAUCAAUUCGGUCAAACUGUAAGAACUAACGGAAAUGAUUUUGUGCAAUUGGGUGGACAUGGAAAGCUGACAAGAUCUACUCUUCUUUCCGAGUUAUAUUUCUUCACACAAUGCCCAAGACUCUCAGCAUACUCAAAGCACCUCAAACACUUUUUCACCAGACAUGGCUUUCAAUAAGUGGCAGUUUCCUUUUCAUAUCAUAAAUAACCAGCUAUUGAAAAAAUCAACCAAAAAAGAGCUGGUGUCCUAUUUAAAUCAUUCAUCAUCUGUUUUUUCCUAGCAUGGCUAAAAGCAAAGACCACAGAUACUGAGGAACUGAGGAAUAAAUAAUAGGGACCAUUAAAACAUGCACAAUGUAAUAAAUGGAAUGAAUUAACAUAUACAGAAAAUAAAUAUUACAGCCAUGUAAUUCACAUCAUGUAGGUUUUCCAGCUGUUCAACAUGUACGCCAUGUAUAUCAUCACUGUUAGUGUAAUAUUAAAUAGCACAAUUUCAACCGUGUCAGUAAGCACAAGAACUUCGGUUAGCCGUUUCUCAUUUUGAAAGAAAUAUAGACAUUUUAUUCUUUCAUCCUGACAAAUUGUAACUGAGUUGAUCAUUUCUGUUUCUAAACUGUCUUGGACAUACAGUUUAUUGUCGUCUCUCGCUCUACUUCAUUGUUUCAUUUUUAAUCUGAAGAGACAAAACCAGCAGCCAGAAUAACCCAAGCAUGUUUUGUAGUUGCUUAUUUUUCUGUUUUGUUGUUGUAAAUAUUGUACAGCUGCAAGAUACAUGUGACCGAGACAAAACAUUAUACAUCAAGGGUGCAUGUGAGAGAUCAGUGGGGGUUCGGGUGCCUUCUGGAGAAACGUUGUGGCUAACGAGCAGUUGUGGAAAAAAUAAACCCUCACCAAGGUGUUAAAGAAGUAAUGAAAGAUCAGAUUACACCAGCAGAGACCUCCAAUAGCCUUUACUAAGAAGUCUAAUCUUGGAGUGCACAACAUUUGUAUGCUUGAAAUAAUGGUUGUUCAAAACAAUGCGAUGGAAUCAUGCUAAUGUAUAUUUUGUAAAUUAUACUUCCAUAAAGCAAGAUAAAUAUGAGAUUAUGUACAGUA